AUGCCAUACCUCAAACUUCGAGACGGAGCUGAGCUUUUCUACAAGGAUUGGGGCAAUCCAGAUGGAGAGAUCGUCACCUUCUCCCAUGGCUGGCCACUCAGCAGCGACAAUUGGGAGAAUCAGAUGUUCUUCCUGGCCGAGCGUGGCUACCGAGUCAUUGCACACGACCGACGGGGUCAUGGCCGGUCUACCCAGACUUGGAACGGUAACAACAUGGAUACAUUUGUGGACGACCUGAAGGAACUCUUUGAGCACCUUGACAUUAAAGGUGCCAUGAUGGUUGGACACUCCCACGGUGGAGGAGAAGUGACACAUUUUCUCGGCAAGCAUGGAACAAGCCGCGUCAAGAAAGCUGUGCUCGUCGGAGCUGUGCCACCCCUUAUGCUCAAGUCCGCGGCAAACCCAGAGGGAACCGACCAAUCUGUCUUUGACUCCUUUCGACAGGCAAUGCGCAAAGAUCGAGCGCAGUUCUUCCUAGACGUUCCCAGUGGACCAUUCUUCAACUUCAACCGGGAUGGGGUCCAGAAAAGCGAGGGACAAAUUCGGAGCUGGUGGCAGCAAGGCAUGAACACAAGCUUUAAGACGGCGUAUGAUGCAAUCAAGGACUUUUCGGAGACGGACUUCACAGAAGAUUUAAAGAAAAUCGAUAUUCCAGUCCUGGUUCUUCACGGCGAUGAUGACCAGGUAGUUCCCAUUGAAGCAUCUGGACACAAAUCUGUCAAGCUUUUACGACACGGAAAGCUGAAGGUCUACCCUGGAGGGUCUCACGCCAUCCACAACAUUAACAUCGAGGAGGUUAACAAAGAUCUGCUCGACUUCCUGCAGUCUUGA